UAAAAAGCCCCAAUUCCCCUCCCUCGCUUUCCCUCUCUUCUCUCUCCCUCUCUCUCUAAAACCCCUUUAAAUUUCUGAAUCAAUAAGGACAAAUCGAGCGGAAUACGGGGGUAAUACUGUUGUUGGAGAAGGAUGGCGACUUUUGAGCUUUAUAGGAGAUCGACGAUCGGGAUGUGUUUGACGGAAACGCUGGAUCAGAUGGUUUCCAGUGGAGUUCUCAGCCCCGAACUCGCCAUUCAAGUUCUGAUUCAAUUUGAUAAGUCGAUGACUGAAGCUCUAGAAAGUGAGGUGAAGAGCAAGGUUUCAAUUAAGGGACAUCUUCACACCUACCGAUUCUGUGACAAUGUUUGGACCUUCAUCUUACAAAACGCUCAGCUCAAAAGUGAGGAAGGCCAAGAAACUGUUGAUUCUGUCAAGAUUGUGGCAUGCGACUCCAAGUUACUAACUCAGUAAAAGAUGAAUUGAUUAUAGUUUUUAUUUGGAUCUGCUAGUGAUGGAGAACGAUGUCUCAACACUCAGCAGAGGAGAUGCUGUGAGAAAAUCUGGAGUUGACUCCGAACUGUAUUAUGUGGUAAUAUAGUCGAGGAGGGGAGUUCGUGUACUUUCUAUGCUCGCGAGCUAAACUUAUACUCUACUGUAAUGGCUCUAUCCUGAAUGGGUAUAUUUCGUCUUAUUCCCCUUGAGACCCCUAUAGUUCAUUUACCCGGAAUUCUUGAUGCUGUUAUUUUCCACCAUGUGUUCUUUCCCUUAUAUAAUUUUCGUAA